AUGGCUGCCAUCGUCACCCCGUCCAAGGUCGCCGCGGCCGCCCUCGAGAACUUCUCCAUGAACGAGGCCCCCAAGGACGUCCUGUCCAAGCUCAAGGCUGCUGCCGCCAAGGAGGCUGGCGUCGACGCCAACGGAAAGCCCCUCGCCAAGGAGGAGGCCGCUGCCAAGGAGGCCACCCCCGCUGCCGAGGAGGAUGCCGACUGCUACAAGCCUGACUAUGACGCGCCCGUCGAGAAGCGCUACGUCGGUGACCUCGAGUGCGAGGAGGCCGACGAGCCCCUGCUCAAGGAGUCGACCGACCGCUUCGUCCUGUUCCCCAUCAAGUACCGCGAGAUCUGGCAGAUGUACAAGAAGGCGCAGGCCUCGUUCUGGACCGCCGAGGAGAUCAACCUCGCGCCUGACCUCCACGACUGGGACAACAAGCUGAACGACAACGAGCGCUACUUCAUCGAGCACGUGCUCGCCUUUUUCGCCGCGUCCGACGGUAUCGUCAACGAGAACCUCGUCGAGCGCUUCUGCGGUGAGGUGCAGAUCUCCGAGGCCAAGACGUUCUACGGCUUCCAGAUCAUGAUGGAGAACAUCCACUCGGAGACGUACUCGCUCCUCAUCGACACCUACAUCCGUGACAAUGCCCGCCGCCAGUACCUGUUCCAGGCCAUCGAGACCAUUCCCUGCAUCAAGAAGAAGGCCGACUGGGCUCUCCGCUGGAUCUCGGACCAGCGUUCGUCGUUCGGCGAGCGCCUUAUCGCUUUCGCUGCCGUCGAGGGCAUCUUCUUCUCUGGCUCGUUUGCGUCCAUCUUCUGGCUCAAGAAGCGUGGUCUCAUGCCCGGUCUCACCUUCUCGAACGAGCUCAUCUCGCGCGACGAGGGUCUCCACACCGACUUUGCCUGCCUGCUCUUCACGCACCUUCGCCGCCGCCCGCACCCCGACACGAUCAACAAGAUCAUCAAGGAGGCGGUCAAGAUUGAGCAGGAGUUCCUCACCGAGGCCCUCCCCGUCUCGCUCAUUGGCAUGAACGCCAAGCUCAUGUGCCAGUACAUUGAGUUUGUCGCCGACCGCCUCCUCGUCGCCCUCGGCAACGACAAGGUCUGGAACUCGGCCAACCCCUUCGACUUCAUGGAGAUGAUCUCGCUCCAGGGCAAGGCCAACUUUUUCGAGUCGCGCGUGUCCGCCUACUCCAAAUCUGGCGUCAACCAGUCGGUUGGCAAGACAGCAGAGGAGGCCGCCUCGGGUCGUGCCUUCUCGCUCGACGAGGACUUCUAA